CAAAAAUAUCGGGGACAAAAGGGAGCUUGCACAUGACGCUUCAGAUGGAACUAUUAGUUGACACAGCAAGCAUCAAUUAUGCAGAAGGUCUUAGGAGUUUCAGAUUCAGUCAGUCGAAUGUACAGUGUGGCACGUCUGACCCCGCUUUUGCUUCAAAGUGAGUGCAGACGUUUUCGUGGAAUUCUUUUCUCGUUUCAAGUCGAGCGAACAUGUACUUUUAAACCAGUUGGCAAGUGUGGGCUUAGAUGAGAAUAGACAAGGUACUCAGCGCUCGAGAAGCAAUUAAAAGUUCACUCAUGCAUGUGGAAGCCAUACUAAGGAGUUCCGACAAGGAAGUGCAAGGUAGUUUAUCUUUCAGAUCAGGAGCAUGGACUUCGAGGUUAGAAGCUCAACGCUUGUUAUACGCCGAAUGUCCAGACGCCUGAAGCCUACGUGCGAAAGUCCCACAGAGGAUGUGUAGCAACGCAUAACCCGUCGGAGGAUGCAGGAAAUUUGGAUUCUUUAUCUCAAGCCUCAUGCAUAUCGGGCUGGCAAGUGGUCGUUCAUGGAAAGGGAUUUAACAUCGGAGGAACGUGCACAUCUCAUGACGUUCAAAUCUUCAAAUGCUCUUUGGAUCACAGCAUCAAAGGUAGCCUUGAUCUUAUGGGUUCUUUCACGCAUCAAGGCAGAGGCCGUAGAUCCGCCUCCGGAGAUUGAGGCUCUUUUGGAAUUCAAAGCUGCUGUCAGUAUACAGACUGGAAGUGAUGACAAUCCGUUCGAACCAAGAGGAUUUUGGUACAGUUGGAAAGCGACUGAUAGACACCCGUGUAAUUGGGUGGGAGUGUCUUGUACCGCAGAUUUCAGAGUCCAGGGUAUCGAUCUUUCAGGAUGGGGACUAACGAGGCUAUAUGGUUUUGGAUCACUUCGCACGCUAGGCAGUCUUGAGCGACUGGAUCUGUCAUCGAAUAACUUCAAGGCCGACAUUUAUGAGGACAUAGGCACCUUGACUGGGUUGACUCAUCUUGAUCUUUCAGGAAGCAGCUUCGAGGGAAUAAUUCCAUCGACCAUCAGUCAGCUCUGGAAUCUCCGAUAUCUCUCUUUAGCUGGAAACGGUCUGAGAGGAGAUAUCCCUCAGCUGAACAACUUGACCAAGCUGCAAGUGCUGUCUCUUGCUCAAAAUCAACUUACAGGCCGCAUUCCCGAGCACUUGGGAAACUUAACAACCCUCGUCAGCUUCGAUCUAUCUAACAAUUUACUCAAUGGUUCUAUUCCAGUUUUGGAACAUUUGAUUAAUCUGGUUGAGCUGAAUCUUAACAACAACACGCUCACAGAUUUCAAGGAUCCGCAAUCACCAGCUCCCAAAAAUCUGGAGCAUCUGUCUAUCUCGGGGAACCAAAUAGUCGGUAGCUUGCCGUCAGGACUGGUGAAUCUGCUUAACCUCAAAUCACUGGACCUGUCCUUCAAUGACUUUUCAGGCACAAUUCCAAAGGGGCUUUCUCGUCAGGAAAAUCAUAGCUUUUGGCUAGACCUGUCUCAUAACCAACUCACAGGAAGCAUCCCUCAAGACUUGUUUCAGUCCCAGGCAAGUUCUUCCGUAAUGUCUCUAAAUCUUUCCUACAAUCUACUAACAGGUAGUAUACCAUGGCCAGAGGUGAAGCCUAGUGACUUUGCUGGAUGGAAUUUUGAUACUCUGGACAUCAGCCACAACCAAUUUCCGUACACGAGGGAGCUGCGACUGGCAAACAACCUAUUCAGUGGAGAUCUAACGAACAUGGUAGGGAGAUGGGGAUCAUUGGCUCUGAGAAUGGAGCUGGUCGACAUUAGCAACAAUCUGCUCAGCAUGAGUAAAACAGAAGACUACCCGGAUCCCAUGAGAGCAACUUUGGAGGCCUUCCUGGCAAUGUUUGUGCUCAGGGAAUUCCGCAUAGCAGGGAACGGCUUGGUCGGAAUCUCUUUGCCAAACUCUUUCCUCCGAGUGGGAAAUCUUCCAACGCUGGAGGUUUUGGAUCUCAGCAACAACCAUAUUGUGGGAUCUAUAGUGGCGGACGCAUUCGACCCGGCGACUUUUCCAAGCCUCAAAGUUUUGAAUAUCUCCAGCAACAACCUCACGGGGCCAAUUCCAUCGAGUCUCACUCGGCUGCCGAAACUCAGCAGCCUCGACGUCUCCUGGAACAAUCUUUCAGGAGAAGUACCUGCGAUUCCAGAGAACAGCAGUUUAUGGAACCCCGAUUUCUUCUCCGGAAAUCCAGGACUCUGUGGUGGGCCUCUGCCUGCGUGCUCGAGCUCCUCUCCACCACCAGCUCCAACUUUCAUCAUCAUUGAGAAGAACGUUGUCAAGGAGGGUAUGGAUCUCUCGUGGUGGUUGCUCCUGAUCAUCAUAGCUUCGUCCGUACUUGUCCCACAAGCGAGCUGCUUGGUGGUUUGCUGGCGAUGGAGAGUGUACAAGGACAAGCACCAGCACGAUGCAGACAUGAUUGCCACCAGCAAUCUUUUGGAGAGGGACACAGCGGAAUUAAUGCCUCUCCGGGAGCUGAAAAGAGCCACGGACAACUUUGCAGAUGGGGCACAAAUCGGAGCUGGCGGGUUCGGAACGGUUUACACAGGCAAGCUCAACGAUGGAACCAUGGUGGCCAUCAAAAGAAGCAAACGAGAGGGAUCGGAAGACGACAAACAGCGCUUCCUCAACGAGGUGCGCAUACUGUCGCAGGUCAACCAUCGAUAUCUGGUGAAGCUGCUGGGAUGCUGCAUGGAGAACAAGGUCGCUCUGCUGGUCUUCGAGUAUAUUUCCAACGGUACGCUUCAGGAGCAUUUGCAGGGCAAGAAGGGCUCUCGCAGGCUAAGCUGGAAGGAGCGCCUUCAUAUCGCAGUUCAGGUAGCAGAUGCUCUAAAUUACCUUCACUCGGCUUUCGAUCCUCCCAUCUACCACAGAGAUGUGAAAUCCGCUAACAUUCUCUUGGAUGAGGAUUUACAUGCUAAAGUAGCAGAUUUCGGCAUUUCGAACUUGGCUCCCAUGGAAGCAAGUACUCAUGUCGCAACGGUUGCAAUUCAGGGUACCAUGGGCUACGUAGAUCCCGAAUACUACACGAGCUUCCAGUUGACCGGAAAGAGUGAUGUGUACAGUUUCGGCGUUGUUUUACUCGAGCUGAUUUCCGCUCAGUCGGCCAUAGAUUUCCAAAGGGGUCCAGGGGAUGCCAGCUUGGUGACCUUCGCGGCAUCCCAAAUCAAGAGCGGAGAUUGGAAAGGGAUGAUCGACCCUGUACUCGUCAAGUCAUGCGACUAUCAAGCUGAGAGAGAGUCCAUAAUGAGUGUGGGGAAUUUGGCUCUCAGGUGUGUGGAGAUGAGAUCCAAGGACAGACCUGAGAUGAAGGUUGUCUGGAACCAGCUGCAGACCCUUUGGCACAGAUGCCAUGGCACUUCCGACUCCUUGGAGAGUAUUUUGUUCGAACUGCCCGAUGCAGAUGAGAAGAUUUCCGAAUCGGUGGAUUCCAGCACCGUUCUCUACAGUUCCCUACAAGAUGUAAGAACUGACAGUUCUGGCUCUCAACAUGGCGACAUCGAGAUGUCACGAUCCUUUUAAGAACCACGUCGCUCCCUUUAGAUGGGAUUUUGGGUUUGAUAUGCAGAAGCUGCUCUUCUCCAAUGCAGCGUUCUUUGGAGACAGUUUUCCGAUUUACAAUUUUUAAACCAGUGAGAGAUCCUACGCCAUGGAUUCGGAAACUGCAUAUCAUGUAUAUAUUUCCUGAAGAACGAGGUCAGGUUCGAUAGUCGUAGAUUACAUAAUUCGUCGCGACAGUUCGUGCUAGAAUGGAAGAUUGUCCAAGAAGGGCUGUCUCCGAUACAUAUAAGACCUUUAGCGUUAUGUUGAAGAAUGCGUUCUAAGAAUGUCUGUAGCGGCGUGAGUCGUCUUAAGGUUUGCUACUGUCUAGAGAUUUUUCCCAUUUACUUAGUCUCCUGUGAUAUUGCACUAGUGAAUUGUAAGUUAACAUCAUUGACAUUUUGUACCUAUGCCAUGGAAGUAUACAAGUAUGGCAGCAAAUUGAUAUCGAUUUCCGUUAAAGUCUCUUCAUUGUUUUAGAGAUGUUGACAAAUGUUGUGAAGUGCUAGAGUUCUCUUCGGUACAGAGGUAGUGAGUUUCCUGAUCCAACUUUCAGUCACUGAGUAAAAGAUUCCAUUCUUGUCUCAACAAGCCUUUGACGGUUGCCACAUGCCCACCAGUCCGUAUACGGCAUGGAGGUUUGGAUGAGGGACAAACAAAAGUGGUACGUACGUAUUCCCACGUGAAGAUCAAUAAAGCGCUUCUCUAGUCUGAGAGAACAAAACUUUUUCUAUCACGUGAGGUUGCCGUGACGCCAGCCAAUUUCUCGUGCCAUGUUACUUGUACCGGACAAGGGUCAUAGAUCAAAAGCUGAAGUUUGGCAGGUCGGUGCAAGUUUCCAAAGGCUGGCAAAUAUUACAGUUGGGAAAGGAAGCGACAUUCUAGGGUGGUGAGACGAUACAAGAAAACUCAUAACGUGGGAGGCUCAUCUGGGGCCAAGUUGCGAUAAU